AUGCCGACGCCUACUCUUUCCGGGGCAGCCCUCGUCAAUCUAGGACCCUUAACAACGGUAUGGACAGCCCCAGCAUCAUGCGCAACCUCAGUCCCAACCCCGGCCCUAGCUCGCAAAAACAUCCCGGGCGUGGCAUACUGGCAAGAAACCUGCCAAGUCGACCGCGACCCGUUCGACGACUGCAUCCCCUCCGGCGAUGCGAUGAACUCGGAAUACCACUCACGCCGGACAUCUACCCAGCAAUUCUUCUUCCAUUUCUCACCGGGCAGCCAGUGUCCCUCCGGAUGGGUCACCGCAGGCUACGGCGUCCGCGACGCGACGUCGUCUCACUCCUUGAGCGGCGUCUUUGCGGACCCGACAUUGACGAUCGACGCCGUGACGACGACGGUUGUUGCGUCGGAGGUUAACCCCACGUUUGAACCGGCUGCGAAUUUGUUCAUGUCUGCGAUGGAGCCUUCGGAGACUGUGAUCGCGUGCUGUCCGAGAGAGGCCUUCACGGCCACAACAGGUUGCAAGUUGUACAAUGUAAACGAUGUGGAAGUGGUAGACCGCACCUUUACUUUCCACGGGAGAGUCGUUACGGGCAGCUCCAUAUCGACCAAGGGCUCAGUUGUGUCGUUGCAGCCGGAGACAGUGACGAUUGAGGCGAAGGAGAGCACGAGUUACGUCGGCGCGUUGAUCACGCCUGGGAUCACGCUUGUGAAUAAGGGCUCUUCUGGGGAUGUAGUUCAGACCUCGGCUGCUGCUUCUGGAGGAGGUUCGUCGACGGGCCCGAAUGAGACGCCCAGCUUUGGAGUUCCCUCUAAAGCCGCCGGCUCGUCUAUGGUUAAUGGCGUGAUGUUAGCUGUUUGGGGAGUUGCGGUAGUGGCUGGUGCCGCUCUCAUGGUGCCUCUUUGA